AUGGCUAAUCGUACAGUAAAGGAUGCAAAAUCUAUUAGGGGUACAAAUCCCCAAUAUUUAGUAGAAAAGAUAAUCAGAUCUCGAGUGUACGAUUCGAAAUAUUGGAAGGAAGAAUGUUUCGCUCUAACCGCAGAACUUUUGGUCGACAAAGCUAUGGAAUUGAGGUUUAUAGGUGGUGUAUAUGGUGGAAACGUAAAACCUACACCAUUUCUUUGUCUCAUAUUAAAAAUGCUUCAAAUACAGCCUGAGAAAGACAUUAUAGUAGAGUUUAUAAAAAAUGAAGAAUUUAAAUAUGUUCGUGCACUAGGGGCAUUAUACAUGAGACUAACAGGAUCUUCUUUAGAUUGCUACAAAUACUUAGAGCCCUUAUUUAAUGACAAUAGGAAAUUAAGAAGGCAAAAUAAGCAAGGCAAAUUUGAGUUGAUUCACAUGGAUGAAUUUAUAGAUGAUCUUCUUAGGGAUGAAAGAUCUUGUGAUGUUAUUCUACCAAGAAUACAAAAAAGACAUGUUCUUGAGGAGAAUAAUGAAUUAGAAGCAAAAGUAUCAGCAUUAGAGGAUGAUAUGGAUGAAGGAAUAGAAUCAUCUGAGGAUGAAGAUAUACCUCCAGUCAAAGAAGAUACUCGUAAAAGAACAGACGAUCACGAUAGAGACAGAGAUCGUCAUAGGGACAGAGAUAAAAGACAUUCGCGUUCUGACAAAAAAUCUGACAGAGAAAAACAGAGAUCAAGAAGUAGGGACAGAGAUAGAGAUAGACGAGAACGUAAACGGAGUAAAUCACCAAAAAGUCAUUCUUCUUCACAUAAAGAUAAAGACAGAGAUAAAGACAGGCAUAGGAGAGAUGAUAGAGAGAGAGAGAGGGAUCGAGAUCGAGAUCGAAGACGAGAACGCGACAGAACUAGGCAUUAA